AUAGAUGACAGCACACUGACCAAAAACAAAAAAUGAUAGCAUUGCAUAUUUUCCAAGAAAUGGAGAACUUAUUGGGCUAAAAAAUGGAUUGCAUGAGUACUAUAGGGCAGAAACUGGGCCUAAAUAAUUAAAAGGUUAAAUAAAGCCCGAAAAACCAGCAAGCCCAAUUGGUGGUUAUGUUUUGAAGAAGGAAAUAACAAUCGCGAUUUGCACAAUUGGUUUGAUUGAUUCCUCUGUUGCUGCAUUCUGUGGAAGCCAUUUUUGGAUCUGCUCUCUCUCAGGAAGGUGGUGGAUGGCAAAAAACAACAAAUACGCUUCCAUUAACUUCAACCACAUCUACGAAAAAACCAACCAACCGAAGAACCCUUCUCUUUCUCCUUCUCCGUCUUCUUCUUCUUCUUCUUCUUCCUCUUACUCUUCCGCUUCCUAUUCCUCUGUUUCUGCCCCCAACAAACCUCAUGGCCGAAUCCUUGUUCUAACCCGACCCACGCCCAAACCCGUUGCACCUCCCACACCGCCACCCUCUAACCCGAUCCAGAAGCAGUUACCCGAUCAACCUCCCUCGGAACCGGGAUCCGAAGCGAUCUCGCUGCGACCCUUGGGCCGAACCGGAACUGGGUCGUCUCUUUCGUCGGUUUCUGUUCUGAACCACGAUAAAGAGAAGGACUUGCCCUCUCCGCAGCCGCCGAAGACGGAUAAGUUUGUGCCGCCGCACCUUCGACCCGGGUUUGUGCCGAGGGAGGAAGGGCCUGGACCUGAACCGGUUCGGUUCAGGGAAAACGGUCGACCCAAAUCGGGUGGGCACGAGAGGAUGAGGAAGGGUGGUGGGCCUGAUGUGGGGAUCGUGGGUCGUGGGAACCGACCGAGUUCGAGUGGAUCAUGAAUGGUUAUGAAGUUGAAUUCUUUUCCAAGGACGAAGAUGAAGGUAUUUUGCUACAGAGAUGGGCUCUCUAUACCAAUUCAGUGCAUGUAUCCUUUGUCUCUCUGGAACUGACAUCAAUUUUCGGAAGAUGGGAUCUCAUAUCACGGAAGACGAAACCUGGUAGAUUUUCAGCACCUAACGUCGGACUUUAUGAUGAAAUUUGUUGUGCUUGUCGACGGCUUUGACACCCAAGUUCUUCUGUUGGUGUUUGGCCUUCUUUAACCACGUGGCAAUAGAGUAGAAUCUAUACACAAUACUUUUAAUUCCUAGCUAAACUGUUUUUUUGACUGUUCUCAAGGACAUGCAUUUUGUACUUUGAACAUGUGUUGUUUGAGAGAAGAUUCAAUCGUUUCUAUUACUUUAUCACAUUCUCGCUUGGCCUUUUCAGUGCCUAAAAAUGUCUUACAUAUUCAACUCAGCAAGGCUCAUAUGACGUUUACAUUUGUUUGUUUGUUGAGUACAGUGAAUAUGGCCAGUAAUCAAAAGUAACGAAUAAUCUACAAUUUCGUUACGAUGUUGAUAAAGCUUAUAAUGAUUUUUAUAAUGUCGAUUAUUAAAUGAGUAUGUCAUCGCAAUUUUUAUUUUGUAAAAUAAUGUGAUUAAUGUGAGAUGUCAUAAUCAUGUUUCU